GAGGUUCCACCUAGACAACCAACAACUAUCCUCACUACAGAUGUAGUACAGUCUUUUAUGUUAACCUCUAUGGAAAACCAAGCUCAAAUGGCUCAGAUGAUGCAAACACUGGUCACUAACCAGGCCAUGAUGCAACAGGCCAUUCAACAGGCAACGCUGCAACAGACAACAUUACAACAGACAGCGAUGCAACAGGCAGCUACGCAACAGGUAGCAAUACAACAGACAGCAUUGCUGGGAAACAGAGACUCUGGAACUAUGACCAUAGAGGCUCGUUAUCUUAAGGAUUUUCAGAGGCAGAAACCGCCUUCCUUCGAAGGUGGCAAAAUAGAUCCUAUUGCAGCAGAAAAUUGGCUUGAGGCCAUGGAAAAAGCCUUCUUUUACAUGAACUGUCCGCUGGAAUAUCAGGUUCACUGCGGAACGUAUAUGUUGGAAGGAGAGGCUCAUUUGUGGUGGAAGGGUGCUAAGAAGUUGAUUGCACCUCUUGGAGAGCCUAUCUCUUGGCCUCAGUUCAAAGAGGCUUACCUCCGCAAAUAUUAUCCAGUCGCUGCUAGAAUGAAGCUGCAAGCAGCAUUUCAUGAACUCAAACAGGGUGACCUAUCUGUGGAGGAUUAUGAUCAGGAGUUUAAUAGAUUGUCUAGAUUCUCUCCUAUAUAUGUCAGUACUGAAGAGCUUAAGGCUGAACGUUUUAUCGCCGGCCUAAGGGAGAACAUUAGAGGUUAUGUGGCAUCACAGGCAUCCUCAGACUAUACAGCAGCUCUUAAGAUGGCUACCCUCAUAGAUGCACCUCGCACUGACAGAUUACAAGCAGGGUCAACCCAAAACUCCCAGAUCGCAGUCCAGGGAAAACAGAUAAAUCGAAAUCAUCCCAGGACUAACAGACCACCCCGCGGUGGCACUGCCAAUCGCGGAAGAACCCCGGCACAGAACAGGAAUCAAUGUCUUAAGUGUCAGCGUACUCACCAGGGAGAAUGUCGCCUGGGGACUAAUGUAUGCUAUAAUUGUGGCCAGAUGGGACACUAUGCAGCAAAUUGCCCUCAACAGAGAGACGAUGUCACUAAUCGACCUGUAGCAAAGAAUCAAAGGGGUCGGGGUGCCCAACAGCAGCAGGGGCGAGCUGUAGCCCAUGCAACUACAGGCAGGCAGGCCGAUGCACCUGACGCGGUUGUUACAGGUACGUGAGGCGUCGAGUCAAGAGAGGGCGCGUCGAUCGAUGUGGGUUGUCACAGAGGAAGCGUGUCCCGGGGCGUCAGUCUAGUUUACUAAAUAGUACACUUUGUCUCACAUGUUCCUUUCCUUGUUUUUCUUUUACCUAGGCACUUAUGUCCUUCUAAUAAAGAUAUGUUUUUCUUUUGAAACAAAUGAUUUCCUUGAAUUUCUCGUUUAUGCAUUACAUGUCAUACAAUGUUAGUCACGGCUUAAUUUGGGGUCGUGACAGUUAUGGUCAUCGAGUAUGAAGGUUAGAAUUCAUGAAAUAACUCAUGAAACAUUAAGAGUCAGGGCAUUUUUGCUGACCUUUAGUCGA